AUCUCAGAAGAAAAAUUUACAAUUGUAAACGAAAUCAUUUCUGUCUGCGCAAUUAGAAAGUUACAGACAUACAAAUCAUUAAGAUCAUGCAAAAUUGGUGUACAUGCUAAGUAAAAACAGAUAGAGCAUAUUUUGUCAAUGUGCGAAUUAUACGGAGCUCCGUGCUAAAAACUCGUCUCAGCACCAAAACUACAUCGACAUUCAUUCAUUUCGUAAUAAUAAUCUUGAGUCAGUCCGAGAAGCAAAGUUGGAGUGAAAGUGAGUGCAUUUGGCAUGUGAGCAAAACCCUGGGUUUAGGAUUCAUUCAUUCAUUCAUAAUCUGCAAGACGCAGUGUUCACCCACCGUAAUUGAUAAAAGACAUCACUUAACCUUAUCGACAUGAUUAUCGUGGACGAGUCGGAACCCAUCGGAGAACUCGCCCCAACAUUUGCCUACCGAGACGUCGCCCUCCGUCGCGACACGCCGAUACGGGACGCGUACGAACUCCUCAAUGAAAUUGGCAGGGGGAAGUUUGGUCGCGUGUACAGGUGCAAAGACCGCGGGACGGGGUUGCUCUUGGCCGCAAAAGUGGUCUGUGUCCCCCGUCGGGCGCGGGAGGAGCGUCAAAAUGUGGAGCGAGAGAUGGAAAUCAUGCGACGCCUUCAUCAUCCCAGAAUCAUCCAACUCUUCGAUGCCAUUGAGGACGUGGAGAAUUUAGAAAUGUGUCUCAUCCUUGAAAUGGUUGAAGGUGGCGAACUGUUUGAUCGGGUCAUUCAAGACGAGUUUGUCCUCACGGAGAAAUCCUGUUCCAUUUUUGUUCGACAGAUUUGUGAGGGGGUCGAGUACAUACAUUCCAAAAAUAUUGUACAUCUCGACAUGAAGCCGGAAAAUGUCAUGUGCGUAUCAAAAUCUGGAAACCGCAUAAAAAUCAUAGACUUUGGUCUGGCAAGAUUUUACGACUCGUCUAAAAAGCUGCAGGUUCUCUUUGGCACCCCGGAGUUUGUGGCACCGGAAGUAGUCAAUUUUGAAGAGAUAAGCUACACGACGGACAUGUGGUCUGUCGGCGUCAUUACGUACGUCCUCCUCUCCGGCCUCUCACCCUUCAUGGGAGAAACAGAUGUCGAAACAAUGGCCAACGUUACCAUUGCAAAGUAUGACUUUGACGAUGCUUGUUUCGACGAUGUAUCCGAUUACGGGAGAGAUUUCAUUGAGAAAUUGCUGAGGAAGAGUAAGAGCGAGCGAAUGUCAGCCACCGACUGCCUGAAGCACUCGUGGCUUCAAGCAUGCACCCACCAAAAGACGACCAAUUCAGCGGAGAGUGACGGAUCUGAGUGUGAACUGGAACUAAUCGUGGACGACCUUGACCUCCCCGACCUGCAAAAGGAGGACGAACUAUCAAGCUGUUCUGGAACACCGGACAGCAUCCUGCUCUCGACCUCAACCAACCGCGAGCCUUCUCCGCGACCCUCGGCAGCCUACCUGUCCACCAAACGCGCCAGUCUCGACAUGUCCAAGGACAACUUGAAAGAGUUUGUCACCCGGUAUUCGGACAACCCCUACGUUUUCGACAGUCCGCGAGGAAUCAUCAGUCACGUGAAUGGAGGCGACAGGGCCACCACGCCAAAAAGAUUUCACACCUUGAAAACGCCCGAGAGGAGCAACUCGUCGUCUCGAUCUCUACUUAAACAAACGUCGCCUCCGCCACUCGCGGAAGGGAAAACUGACGGAAUCAACUUGGUAAAUCAAAUCAGACGUUUCUCCAAACAACUUCAUGAAGAGUUGGAAAUCAUGAAGAAACAAUGUCAUCAAGACUGCACGGUGAAUGGUAACAACAAUAAUGCUCUGCGCAAGUGCUCCUGGGGAGAUGUUUCGGUUAAUGCCCACUGAACUGUAUUAUGAAUAAAUUGUAGUCUUAGGUUAUGGUAUAUUUAUUUAUUUCGAUAAGAACACAUAUCUGAAUGAAUUGUCACAAGGUAUUACAUCAAUGAGACAUUAUACAUAAGUAUCGAUUUAUUACUAUAUUGUUAUUAUUAUACGUAUGAUAAUUACUGUACAACUUGAACAAUUAAAUUAUAAAAUAUAUAUAUAAUUUGAGA